AAUGAAUAAAAGCUGAGGAACUUGUAGUUCCUGUUCACACCGCACUUCGGAAGGGACGGGGCAGCUGUGCACACAUCUUGUCUGAUCCUCAACCAUGAAGCUUGUUGCUCUGCUGCUAACUCUCUCUUUCACCAACGCUGCAUCGAUCCGAAUUUGUUCCUUUAACGUUCAGACUUUUGGAGAGGCAAAGUGUGCCAAAGCAGAAGUGAUGAAUGUCAUUGUGAAGGUUAUAUCUCGCUGCGACAUAAUGCUACUGAUGGAGAUCAAAGACAGCAAGAACAAAGCGAUUAACCUACUAAUGACAAAACUGAACAGCCAGCCAGAGAUGAAAGAUGAAUUUAGCGUAAUCAUCAGCCAGAGGCUCGGACGCAAGACCUAUAAAGAGCAGUAUGCAUUUAUUUAUAGGAAGCAGCUGGUCACAGUGAAAGGCAUUUAUCAGUACAUGGACCACCAGGACGGAGAUGUCGAUGCCUUUUCCAGGGAACCUUUUGUUGUCUGGUUUAAAACCUACAAAAGCGAUUUUGUGAUCAUCCCUCAGCAUACAACACCCGAAGCUGCUGUCCGUGAAAUUGAUGAACUCUAUGAUGUAUACGUUGAUGUGAAGGGGAAAUGGAAAACGGAGAACUUUAUCUUUAUGGGGGACUUUAACGCUGCCUGUAGUUAUGUCCCCAAGAAGUACUGGAAGAACAUUCGUCUCAGGACCAACCCGGAAUUCGUUUGGCUGAUUGAGGACAACGUUGAUACAACAGUAAAAAGCAGCACCAACUGUGCCUAUGACAGGAUCGUACUUCACGGCAAGAGGCUGAUCAACUCUGUAGAGCCAGGCUCUGCCACGGUGUUUGAUUUCAUGAAGGCCUAUGGACUGACAGAAGCCCAGGCCUUGGAAAUCAGUGACCACUACCCUGUGGAAUUCCAGCUGAACCAGAUGCGUGCAAUGAAGACUUCCUCAACUUCAAGAUGAAAGCGUUGAGAAGGGACAAUGUGCUAAAUUCUUGGCUUUUUUAUGUUUUUAUUGAUGAUGAUGAUGAUGAUGAUGAUGCUAUUAACUCUUAAUGAACGGAUAAACCACUUUCGAAUAAAAUGACUAACUAAUGUAAUCAUG